UAUGGAAUUGAAAGAUACAGGUGAAAUUGUCCUUCUGAUGGGGAUAUGGAGUGAAGUAUACUCUUUUACUAUAUACACAUUUAGAUUUUGCCUACACCCUGCAGAUAUCCUUUCUAAGUUUCUAUGCUUGUAAAGCUGAAUUGCAUCAGAAAGGGAAACAAAGAGAAUCACACAGACAAACAUGGCAGACAUUUCAGUGUUCAGUCCAUCCAUAGACGAAAAAAAAUGGGUGAGCCAAGGAAGCAGAGCAUUAGACUCACCACAACUCGCCAUAGAAAUCGAUUUCACCCCUUCCAUCUUUCAACUCCCAAAAGCCAUCACUGAAGCCAAGCCGGAAUCUUACACGCCGCAGCACAUCGGCCUGGGAGCCUACCAUCAUCUCCGGCCGGAGCUCCACGUCGCCGACAUGCAAAAGCUCGCAAAAGUCAAGACAUUUCUGUCGUCCAGGAAUUUCUCCGACGACUUCCUCGGAAAAACGAGGGGUUUGGAGCCGGCGGUUCGAGCUUGCUACGAUAAGUACUUGGAUCUUGAAUGCUCCACUCUAGACUACAUCGUCGCCAUUGAUUCCCUCUUCUUGCUCGAUUUUCUCGGCUCCUAUGACGACAAAACUGAGACAGAGAAUCUCGAGCCCGGCCUCCGAGAAUUCGCCAAGGAUGUUGCAAUGCUGGAGAACCAAGUUCCGGCAUUUGCUGUGGCGGAGAUGGGGAAGGAACUGGAUUUGUUCUCGCCGGAAAAGGGUACGCCGGAAACCAUGUUGUAUUCCCAGCUGUUUUACUACUUCUGCAAAGCCCACUCUCCGCUCAAACUGACGGAGCUGCGGAAAGACCGCCGUACUGAGAGUAAACACCUCUUAGCUCACAUGUAUUAUCUCAUUGUAAACAACCAUGGCCGUAUAGAAGUAGAACAAGAAAGCAUGCUAGGAAGUAAAGCCAAUAUCACAGAGAUUGGAACAGAGGUUUUAUCUGCAUUAACUGAUCUAGGACUUGGAGGACCCAUUGUUAAAUCACUUCAGUUUACCUUCAAAUCUCUGCAAGUUUGGGAGAACAGUAAGUUAGCUGCAGAGCUGAGUAAAGAUCAAGAACAGAAAGCAAACACAAAUAAGAUUCAGAUUCCUUCAGUGUCAGAGCUGUCUGAGAAAUACAAGGUGGAGUUCAAGCAGGUGUUUUUUGGAGGGAUUAGGCAUAUCGAGUUCGAGAAUGAAGACGAAGGAAAACCCACGAUUUAUCUCCCCGAAAUCACUCUGAAACAUGAUUCAGAAGUGGUGUUAAGAAACUUGGUAGCCUAUGAAGCUGCAAUUGCCACCCCAGAGUCCAGUUUGGAGCUUGGUGAGUAUGUUGAUUUGAUGUGCGGGUUAGUGCAUACAGACAAAGAUGUGUCGUUGCUGCGCGAGAAGGGUAUUGUAAAGAGCGACCUGAAUGAUGAACAAGCUGCUGAAAUCUUUAACGGGUUUAGCAGAUCCGCGGGGCAUCUGAAGGAGUCAAAAAGCGGGAAGGUGGUGAGGCAAGUGAAGGAGAUGGUGGAGAAAUGGGAGAAUAAGAAGGCAUGGAAAAGGCUGUGGAGAUUUCUCGAGAAGAAUGUCAAGAAUGCGGUCGAGUUUCUGAGGAAGCCUAGUGCAAUUGCAAUGAAGUUUGCUUUGUACAUCUUCAUGGUACUGCUGUUAGUGCUGCAGAUAAUGCAAGCAUAUUGCCAGUUCUAUGGAUGCAGCAAGGGGGAAUCUGAGACCAAGGCUCUCAGUUUAAUGAUGUCUGGUUAGUUCUUAGUGGUGUCAUCAUGUGUUUAUGUUAGUGCUCUUUCAUUUGUCUGCUUAAUAAUGAUGUCUGGUUCAUGUGUUUAUGUUAGUGGAUUAUUGGUUUCAUGUUAGUUCUCUUUCAUUUGUCUGCUUAAUAUUAUCCUCUGAAACUAACUUCAAGUAAUGUUCUUUAGUCACAGAUUAGCCUGAUUUCAAGAAAAUCACAUCUAUCAAUUAGUUUUC